UUGCUGGACUGGAGGAGUUGAUCUUUUGGAAGAAGGGCUUGCAAGUGACCUCGGACCUUGACCUAGGAUAAGAAUGCAAUGGUAUCUGGAGUGAAGUAUGUCUGAAGCUGCCAAUGCCAGCCACCUACACCAGCUGGGUGUCACAGCUGUGAGUGGGGAGUUAUCAUCUUUAAGUACUCUCUUUAACAAGCCAUCAGCUUAUGUAGAGCUCUUAGUUGAUGGCGUUCAGCAGAAGAAGACCCAACACGUAAAACACAAUGCUCAUCCUAAAUGGCAUGAAACUUUUACUGUGUUGGUAACCAAAGAUUCUGUUUUGGUGUUUCGUGUAUCCGAUCAUCACACUUUGGUGAGAGAUUCUAUUAUUGGUGAGGCAACUCUCAAUCUCUCUGAUGUUGUGGCCAAUAAUGAAGGUCGAUCAAGUUCCUCUCACACACUCACUCUUAAUCCACCUCCUGGAUCUUGCGCACCUGCAGUAUCUCCAAAACCUACCAUCACUAUAUCACUUGAUGGACUUCGCAACUUAACACCCAGUGGAGUCCGGCAUAAAGAAGUUGGUUACAAUCUUCCUACAGUUGUGAAUGUGAAUAGUGGGAGUGCCAGUGCAAUUGGGGAUAAUAGUGUAACUGUCCGUGUUGGUGAAAAUAUUCGUGCAGGUGGUAAGACUCCUCCUCCGGUACCCCCACCUCCAAAGCCAGAAGUAGUAGAUGGACAUCCUGCAGGGGGACCAGCAAUGUUACCUGCCAUAACCUCAGGUUCUACAGUGACCCAUGCCCAUGCUGCAGCUUUGAAUCCCAUCCCUUCUUUGCCAGCCAUCAAUAGUGACAGCCAGGCAAACCUUUCUUUACAUGUUACCCCAAAUGUUCGCCCAAGGGCUAGUGUAGGGAAUGGUUCUGCAGUAUUAGUUUUGGGUGAAGAAAGCCCCACAGAAGGGACAGCCAAUCAAAAUGAUGCACCUGAUGGACCUUCAGCUGAACCGGGGGCCAGUGCAAGAGUAGCUGGAGGAGCAGCUUCCAUUGCAGCCGGAACAUCUUCCUCCAUACCCAGUUAUCAGGCUUCAUUUCCUAUGCGUAGUAGUAAUGCAGCUAACGGUCAGCUGCCGACUAAUUCAGUCCCUAAAACUUCUUCGCCAGCUGCAAAGCCCACUCCUCCUGCUGUUGCCCCUAGAACAGCUAACCGACGCGGUCACAAAUAUAAACGUAACUCAGGGACAGCAGAUGGAGCCAGUAGUAGCGGUGCAUCACCAAGUACAUCCAAUAAGAACAGUACCACUAAUGCCGAGGGUAAUCCAAGUGGAAGCAGAAAUAACAGUAAUUCUAACGAUCCUAAUGUACCUAAAAACCAAGAGGAACCACUUCCACCUGGGUGGGAGAUGAGACAUGACCAGUAUGGUAGACGAUAUUAUGUUGAUCACACAACAAGGUCUACUACCUGGGAAAGACCAAAACCACUUCCUGCAGGCUGGGAAGCACGACGGGAUCCCAGAGGUAGAGUUUAUUACGUAGACCAUAACACAAGAACUACCACAUGGCAACGGCCAACUGUAGAAAACAUAAGACAAUUCGAAGAGUGGCAGGGAGAGCGUCAACACAUAGCCCAGUUGAGUUCUCAGCGAUUCCUAUACCCCAAUCAAAAUCAAGAGACUGAUAAUGAUCCACUUGGACCCUUGCCAGCUGGCUGGGAAAAACGACAAGAACCAAAUGGAAGAAUAUACUUUGUUAAUCAUCGAAACAGAACUACUCAGUGGGAUGAUCCUCGGACACAAGGCAUGGUUCUUGAGGAGGAACCUCUACCAGAUGGGUGGGAGAUGAGGUUAACGGAGGAUGGCCGUCAGUAUUUUGUUGACCAUAAUACCCGCCAAACUACAUUUCAAGAUCCUCGGCCUGGAGCUAAGCAAAUCAAUGCUAGUAGGGGCCAGUAUGGUAUUCCUAUGGUGUAUGAGCGUCUUUCAGGUGGAAAAUUGGGACAGUUUAGAUAUUUGUGUCACAGUAAUGCGGUAACGGGCCAUAUAAAAAUAAGUGUUACUCGGCAAACACUUUUCGAAGACUCCUUCCAUCAGGUUAUGAGAUUACCGCCUUAUGACCUCAGGAGAAGACUGUUUAUUAUAUUUAGAGGAGAGGAAGGCUUAGAUUAUGGUGGAGUGUCCAGAGAAUGGUUCUUCCAGCUGUCCCAUGAGGUUCUCAACCCAAUGUACUGCCUUUUUGAAUAUGCCAAUAAAAAUAAUUAUUCUUUGCAAAUUAACCCUGCUUCAGAAGUCAAUCCAGACCAUUUGACAUACUUCAAAUUUAUUGGUCGUUUCAUAGCAAUGGCCUUAUAUCAUGGAAAAUUCAUCUAUAAUGGGUUUACCAUGCCAUUUUAUAAGCGUAUGUUGAGUAAGAAGCUCACCAUGAAGGACUUGGAAUCAAUUGAUCCUGAAUUUUACAAUUCCCUUUGUUGGAUACGUGAUAACAAUAUUGAGGAGUGUUGCCUAGAGAUGUCAUUUUCCACAGAUUUUGAAGUCCUUGGUAAAAUUUCUGAAGUUGAAUUGAAACCUGGUGGCAAAGACAUUCAAGUAACAGAAGAGAAUAAGGAAGAGUAUAUUGAGUUGAUGAUGCAGUGGCGAUUAACUCGAGGACAGGAGGCUCAGACGGCAUAUUUUUUGGAAGGCUUUUCUGAAGUGGUUCCUCUUGAAUGGCUGAAGUAUUUUGAUGAGCGUGAAUUGGAACUUCUGCUGUGUGGAAUGCAGGAGAUAGAUAUAAAUGACUGGCAAAAGAAUACAAUAUACCGACACUACAACAGGUCUUCAAAACAAGUCAUUUGGUUCUGGCAGUUUGUUAGAGAAAUUGAUAAUGAAAAACGUGCUAGACUGCUGCAGUUUGUAACUGGCACUUGUCGAGUACCUGUCGGAGGAUUUGCUGAAUUGAUGGGGAGCAAUGGUCCUCAGAAAUUCUGUAUUGAGAAAGUUGGCAAGGAGACUUGGCUUCCUCGCUCUCAUACGUGCUUCAAUCGACUUGACCUCCCGCCCUAUAAAUCUUAUGAGCAGCUUGUUGAGAAGCUGACUUUUGCCAUUGAAGAAACAGAAGGUUUUGGUCAAGAGUAAGCAGUUUUAGUGGUCAGCAUGUGUACAAUAUCAAAGACCAUUUGUGAUAAUAUAUGCUCCUGAUUAAAUAUGUGACUACUGUGAUUUAUUUGAGAUUUCCAAUUAAUGUUUGUCCAAAUACAAUUGUAGGAAUUUUUGCAAAGCUAUAUUCAGGUUGUGUAAGCAGUCUGGCUGACUGGCAGUGUUUGAGCAUUCAACAGUUGAUUUUUGUCCCAUGUAAGCCAGUCAGAAAGGUUGUUAUCCAAAGGAAAUAAUUAUAUGUGUACAUUAUGUAUAAAAGAGUGCAUGUGUAGUAUGUUGGCUAUUUUUAGUCAGUUUUCCAUUGAGAAGGAAACUUUUGCGUAUAUAGUGUACAGUAUGUAUAAUCUUAAAUCUGUAUUUUUUUCUCUCUCUCAUUCUGUCUCACUCUCCCCCUCUCUCUCUUACUCUCUCAUAUCUAAAUAUCAUUCAUUGAUACACCAACUAGAAUUAUGCCUAUUUUGUUUUGGUGUCCACCCAAAAGACAUCUUCAUAUGUGUAGUGUAACUUGGUUUGAUAUAACUUAUAACACCCAUUUGGAAUUUGAGUGUUUUACCAGACCUUUCAAUACAACUCCCUUUCUUUAAAUAUUUUUGUGCUUAAAAGAGAUUUUCAAGAAGUUUUCCCAAUAUAAAUAGUCUUUAAUUUUGUUCAUGAAGGUUGUCUGGCCUGUGGUGACAAGACAACAUGAAGGGAAGAGAAGUAUACAAAAUUUUACAUUGUUUGACUAUGAUAAUUUUUUUCUUAUAUAAGAUAAUUGACAAAUGGAAUUUGCAUCGGUUUAUUCAAGCACUGCAGUUUUGCCAACGGAAAGUCUUUUUGGAAAAAUUAUUUCUAUGAAAUGACUUUAUAGCCAAAGGAAAUGUCCCAUCCUUUUUGUAUUCAACUCCUGCUAACAAUGAUGAUCAGAUACUGCUUGAAUUAUUUAUGGUAUAAAAAUCAUCCUAACUUGCUGCUAUGUAGUUCUACAUAAAGCACUGGGCCUUUGUCCCCUGUUCAGGUCUCAACAAACUUUAGUCAUGAAGUUCACUAAUCACACUUUUAGUUUGACCUCAUAAUUAGUUUUAGCACCUGUCAGACUUGGCACUCUUUUUAGGCUUGGAACUUAACACCAAAAUUUAUUUAACAAAAAUUUAGCAUUUUGUAACCAUAAAGUGGAAUAAGUUGCAUUGCUGAAAAGAGCAUAAGGGGAAAAUAUACUACUCACUUGUUUCACAAAUGUGUAAUCUGUUAAAUAAAUCAUACAAGUAUAUAUUCAUGUAUAGUCUACCCGUAUUUUUGUUGUAUCGGAUCGUUUUAAUCUGUUCAGGAAAUUACACAAUUGGUUAUAGGUCAUGUAUACAAAUAUAGAUAUAUACUAGAAAUUUCAUCUGUAAUAUAAAUAAUCUACUAUGCAAAUUGUUUUUUUUUAAGGGUAAUCAUAGAGGACUUCUUUAAGCGUUGCAAGAGUUACAGCAUUGCAUUGUCAGAAAUUUUCUAUAAUUUUGAGAUGGGUUGAAAUUUGAAACCAAUAGAGAGAUAGUACUGUAUUCCAAGACAGGUUCUACACCCAACAAAAAAUAUGUUUGUGUACUGUAAUAGGUACUUACUGAUAUUUUGAUAGUUUACCUCAUUUUCAUAGUUUAUAUUGGUAAAUUCCUAAAACCAGUAUUUAUGCUCAUUUUGUGAUUAUACAAAUUAAAUUCUGUGAUUGCAGUUUUGUGUUUGCAUCAGUGUUGGCUAAGCCCAUUCCCAAGUCCAAAUUGGCAUUCCUCCCGAGUAAUUGUGAUUGUAUUGAAUCAUAAAACAGUUUUGUACCUGAUUUACAGAAGAAUGACUGAUUUCGCAGAAUUUUGCUUACAAACUUUGCUGUUUAUGAUUUUCCCCGAAGAAUUACAACAGUAUUCUUGACAAAUUUAUACAAAAAAGAUUCUAGUAGAACUCGGUGAAAUCCUAUCAGUUUCUCAUAAAUGUAUUUUCCAGAGUUCAACAUCAACCUACAUGUCCUUAGAAACAAUCUUGUUACACUGUUCAAUAAAAAAUUUUUAUCUUGUGU